AUACCACAUCAAAUUCAUCCCAACUGAUUAUCAAACCCUAAUAUCCCCUAAACUUGCAACAACAUGAUGAAUCAUUCAAAGUUCAUAAAGAUAGCCAUGCUUCUUGCUUUAGUGUUCAUGAUACAAGCAACUAAAGAAGAAUCAUUGAUCAUUGAUGAUGAAAAUCUGGAUACUGAAAACAUGGAAACCCCAACAUUAGAACCCGAGCAACAAGUCUUUCUAAGGACUAGUCGUUUUCUUGCCCAAAAACAACAAGCCACCAAAAUGACAUGUGACAAAAACCCUAGACUUUGUAGGGCAAAAGGAAGUCUAGGACCUGAUUGUUGCAAGAAGAAAUGUGUUAAUGUGAUGAGUGACAAUAUGAAUUGUGGGUUAUGUGGGAAGAAAUGUAAGUAUUCAGAAAUUUGUUGCAAAGGGAAGUGUGUCAACCCGAGAUCGGAUAAGAAGCAUUGUGGGAGUUGUGGUAACAAGUGCAUGAAAGGGAAUGUAUGCAUGCAUGGGAUGUGUAGCUAUGCUACUUAAAAUAUUAAUAUUGUUUCUUGUUAUAAUUUUUUAAUUUACAUUUAUGUUGUAUUUAUUUUUUAUCUUGAUUUAUUGUUGUAUUUAUUUGUUGUCUUGAAUAUUAUGAAUUACGUUUUUUUUUAUGCCCAACUUUGUAAUCACUUUAUUUGGUAUAUGAAGAUAAGAGUAAACGUCUUUUGAUAUAAUAUAUAUUAAUAUAAUAAAAUUAUUUUAAUAUUUAUCAAA